AGAUAUGGCCUAAUGGGCAGAUUGAAGAGGAUUCUCCUGUGGGUGCUAGGAGUCUACAUAACCAUCCCCUUCAUCGUCAAACUAUGCCCCUCCAUUCAGGCAAAACUCGUAUUUUUAAAUUUUGGUGAGUAGCUAUAGAAACCAAUAAGGCAUGUUUUGUUCUAUCUAGUUGUUUGCAUUGCAUUGAUUAAGAAAUUGGUUGUUUUUUUAUGAGGCUAAAUAAGCUUGUUUCAUCAGUUAGCUCUGGCCUCUGGGGGUUUCACUUGGUAGGUGGAUACUUGUAGCUCAUUUAGUAAGUGUGCAUACUGCAUACAUAAGCAAGGGUGCAUGUGCUAAUAUGUGCGAGUCACCUGAACCUGAAACACAACACAGCACGCAACUCCAGACGGAGGCAGUUGAGGGUGUAUAUUCCAUCUGCAAGCAUGCAAUACACAGCCUUCACCGCUCCCUCACUCCAUCUGAUAUGUGGUGUGGGUGUGUAACUGUAGUAGUUUCAUGCAUUAUAGGCAGAAGCGGUCAGGAUUGCAUGUGAAACAUUGAUGAGUCAGUAGUGCUGAGUGGUGGGUUGUGACCACAGCUGAUUCUAACUUGUAGCUGCUUGGUUUCAACCCAUCAGUAUUCAAGACUGGAUCUACCCAUUGUUUAACAUUUAACCCCAUCAGAUUUAACAUGCUUUUCUGUCCCACUCUGUGACAUCUGAUUUUCUUUUGGAAUCUUUUGAAUGGUUUGCAGUGCACUUAAAGACCAAAAUGUCUUGUGGAUGGCAGACAGUUCGAGGUUUUCUGAGUAUUAAGAGAGGAAGUGAAACAGUAUACGUCUGUACAGGAAGAGGAUGGGGACUUGUGACCGUCUCAUGUAACGUUAUAGAGUGGAAAGAGGCAGAGCACUGCCAUUUUAUGGAGCAGCCCGUCGAUUUUUGCUGAGAGCUGCUGCUUUGUCAGUGAUAUCUUAUUGUCUUAGCACUUCUAACACAGCCUCUCUGUCUACCCAACCCCACCCCCUGCAGUGCGGCUGCCCUAUUUCAUUGACUUGAAAAGGCCACAGGACCAUGGCCUGAACCACACCUUUAACUUCUACAUGCAGCCAGAGACUGGCGUCAACAUUGGUGUAUGGUAAGGAGACACACAUACACACACACACCAGCUGCUUGGCUAAGACUGUGUGGGAUGGAUCUCCGACUUUCUUUCUCUCUCUCUAUCCCUCCCUGUCUCUAUCGCGCGCUCUCUCUCUCUCCCUCCCUCUGUCAAUUAGUUCAAUUCAAAUGGCUUUAUUGGCAUGGAAAGUGUUACUGCAUACAUUGCCAAAGCAAAUAUAUAGACACAUAUCAAGUCAAUGAUGACGCGCAGAUAGAUAACAAUAAGACAAAUAAUAAUACUCAAUGAGUAGUAACAAUGAACAGAACACUACAGUAAGAAAUGAAUGAGGACAAUAAUGAAAUGGUGAGAAAGACACAGGUUAUUGCUCUGGUUGGUCGUUCCACUGGCUGUCCCUACAGGUGUGGCAGGAAGCUACAUACACUGCUCAAAAAAAUAAAGGGAACACUUAAACAACACAAUGUAACUCCAAGUCAAUCACACUUCUGUGAAAUCAAACUGUCCACUUAGGAAGCAACACUGAUUGACAAUACAUUUCACAUGCUGUUGUGCAAAUGGAAUAGACAACAGGUGGAAAUUAUAGGCAAUUAGCAAGACACCCCCAAUAAAGGACUGGUUUUGCAGUUGGUGACCACAGACCACUUCUCAGUUCCUAUGCUUCCUGGCUGAUGUUUUGGGCACUUUUGAAUGCUGGCGGUGCUUUCACUCUAGUGGUAGCAUGAGACGGAGUCUACAACCCACACAAGUGGCUCAGGUAGUGCAGCUCAUCCAGGAUGGCACAUCAAUGCGAGCUGUGGCAAGAAGGUUUGCUGUGUCUGUCAGCAUAGUGUCCAGAGCAUGGAGGCGCUACCAGGAGACAGGCCAGUACAUCAGGAGGCCGUAGGAGGGCAACAACCCAGCAGCAGGACUGCUACCUCCGCCUUUGUGCAAGGAGGAGCACUGCCAGAGCCCUGCAAAAUGACCUCCAGCAGGCCACAAAUGUGCAUGUGUCUGCUCAAACGGUCAGAAACAGACUCCAUGAGGGUGGUAUGAGGGCCCGACGUCCACAGGUGGGGGGUUGUGCUUACAGCCCAACACCGUGCAGGACGUUUGGCAUUUGCCAGAGAACACCAAGAUUGGCAAAUUCGCCACUGGCGCCCUGUGCUCUUCACAGAUGAAAGCAGGUUCACACUGAGCACGUGACAGACGUGACAGAGUCUGGAGACGCCGUGGAGAACGUUCUGCUGCCUGCAACAUCCUCCAGCAUGACCGGUUUGGCGGUGGGUCAGUCAUGGUGUGGGGUGGCAUUUAUUUGGGGGGGCCGCACAGCCCUCCAUGUGCUCACCAGAGGUAGCCUGACUGCCAUUAGGUACCGAGAUGAGAUCCUCAGACCCCUUGUGAGACCAUAUGCUGGUGCGGUUGGCCCUGGGUUCCUCCUAAUGCAAGACAAUGCUAGACCUCAUGUGGCUGGAGUGUGUCAGCAGUUCCUGCAAGAGGAAGGCAUUGAUGCUAUGGACUGGCCCGCCCGUUCCCCAGACCUGAAUCCAAUUGAGCACAUCUGGGACAUCAUGUCUCGCUCCAUCCACCAAUGCCACGUUGCACCACAGACUGUCCAGGAGUUGGCGGAUGCUUUAGUCCAGGUCUGGGAGGAGAUCCCUCAGGAGACCAUCCGCCACCUCAUCAGGAGCAUGCCCAGGCGUUGUAGGGAGGUCAUACAGGCAUGUGGAGGCCACACACACUACUGAGCCUAAUUUUGACUUGUUUUAAGGACAUUACAUCAAAGUUGGAUCAGCCUGUAGUGUGGUUUUCCACUUUAAUUUUGAGGGUGACUCCAAAUCCAGACCUCCAUGGGUUGAUACAUUUGAUUUCCAUUGAUAAUUUUUGUGUGAUUUUGUUGUCAGCACAUUCAACUAUGUAAAGAAAAAAGUAUUUAAUAAGAUUAUUUCAUUCAUUCAGAUCUAGGAUGUGUUAUUUUAGUGUUCCCUUUAUUUUUUUGAGCUGUAUGUAUGUAUGUAUGUAUGUAUGUGUGUGUGUGUGUGUGUUCUAUAUGAGCGGAGCCUAGUAAAAAAGUAUAUUGGUUUCCCUGACAUCUGGACCUUUUCUGGAAUAUCAUAAUGUUUGUCUUUUUGAGAUUGACGGUAAAUGCCCAGGUCUGACAGAACUGUUUCAGAUUAUCUAAUUGUUGCUGUAACCCCUCUGUGGGGGACUGCAGCACCAGAUCGUCUGCAUACAGGAGGCAUUUGAUUUCUGUGUCAUUAAGAGUGAGACUGGGGGCUCUUGAUUGCUCAAGCGUUUUGAUUUACAUGUUUAUCAAUUAGGGUAUCUCAUUUAUUAAUAUGGUUUGAUAAUUUGGUAGGAAUCCAAUUUGAUUUUUGCUCAGGACAUUACUGCACUUUCUCAGUGAACACAAUCUGCUGUUCAUGAUGGCGUCUCUCUAUCCCUCUCGCUCGCUCUCCGUCUCUCUCUCUCUCUCUCUCUCUCUCUCUCUCUCUCUCCCUCUCGUCUCUCUCUCCCUCCAUCUCGUCUCUCUCUCGUCUCUCCCUCCCUCCCUCUCGUCUCUCCCUCCCUCCCUCUCGUCUCUCCCUCCCUCCCUCUCGUCUCUCCCUCCCUCUCGUCUCUGUCUCCCUCCCUCUCGUCUCUGUCUCCCUCCCUCUCGUCUCUGUCUCCCUCCCUCUCGUCUCUGUCUCCCUCCCUCUCGUCUCUGUCUCCCUCCCUCUCGUCUCUGUCUCCCUCCCUCUCGUCUCUGUCCUCCCUCCCUCUCGUCUCUGUCUCCCUCCCUCUCGUAUCUCCCUCCCUCCCUCUCGUCUCUCCCUCCCUCCCUCUCGUCCCUGUCUCCCUCCCUCUCGUCCCUGUCUCCCUCCCUCUCGUCCCUGUCUCCCUCCCUCUCGUCCCUGUCUCCCUCCCUCUCGUCCCUGUCUCCGUCCCUGUCUCCCUCCCCGUCUCCCUCCUCUCGUCUCUCCCUCCCUCCCGCUCGUCUCCUCCCCUCCCUCCCUCCCUCUCGUCUCUUCCCUCCCUCCCUCUCGUCUCUCUCUCCCUCCCCCCUCUCGUCUCUCCCUCCCUCCCUCUCGUCUCUCCCUCCCUCCCGCUCGUCUCUCCCUCCCUCCCUCUCGUCUCUCCCUCCCUCCCUCUCGUCUCUCUCUCCCUCCCUCUCGUCUCUCCCUCCCUCCCUCUCGUCUCUCCCUCUCGUCUCUCUCCCUCCCUCCCUCUCGUCUCUUCCCUCCCUCCCUCUCGUCUCUCCCUCCCUCCCUCUCGUCUCUCCCUCCCUCCCCCCUCGUCUCUCCCUCCCUCCCUCUCGUCUCUCCCCUCCCUCCCUCUCGUCUCUCCCUCCCUCCCUCUCGUCUCUCCCUCCCUCCCUCUCGUCUCUCUCUCCCUCCCUCUCGUCUCUCUCUCCCUCCCCUCUCGUCUCUCCCUCCCUCCCUCUCGUCUCUCCCUCCCUCCCUCUCGUCUCUCUCCCUCCCUCUCGUCUCUCUCUCUCUCUCUCAAUUCAAUUUACUUUAUUGGCAUGACGUAACAAUAUACAUAUUACCAAAGCGUACUUUGGUGAUUAAGUAAUUCAUUUACGAUAUUAACAUCAUUAAAAUAAUAAUUACGAUUUGUCAAUGGGACAGUCAGUAACAACAAUAAUCAAGUGUAAAAAUAACCAUACAAUGGACAAUAACAAUGGCAUAGAGGACAUGUGCAGAUUGGUCUGUCCCUCAUCUUAUUUUUACAUUUACAUUUUAGUCAUUUAGCAGACACUCUUAUCCAGAGCGACUUACAGUUAGUGAGUACAUACAUUAUUUUUUUCUUUUUCAUACUGGCCCCCCGUGGGAAUCGAACCCACAACCCUGGCGUUGCAAACGCCAUGCUCUACCAACUGAGCUACAUCCCUGCCGGCCACUCCCCUACCCUGGACGAUGCUGGGCCAAUUGUGCGCCGCCCCAUGGGUCUCCCGGUCGCGGCCGGCUACGACAGAGCCUGGAUUCGAACCAGGAUCUCUAGUGGCACAGCUAGCACUGCGAUGCAGUGCCUUAAACCACUGCGCCACUCGGGAGGCAAUGUAGUGCGCUGCUAACCCACAGCUCUCCCCCAACAGGAAGACACCUGUCAUCAGAGGGGUCUUUGAAACCUUGAAUAAGGGUUUCAAAUUUGGGGAAAUAACACUAAUUGUUUUAUUUUUGAUAUUUUGUCAGGAAAUGCAGCUCUGUCUCGGGUUCUGCUGUCUCUCUCAGUUCUCUCUCUCUCUCUCUCAGUUCUCUCUCUCUCUCAGUUCUCUCUCUCUCUCAGCUCUCUCUCUCUCUCAGCUCUCUCUCUCUCUCAGCUCUCUCUCUCUCUCAGCUCUCUCUCUCUCUCAGCUCUCUCUCUCGCUCUCUCCUGCCUAUUAGGCCUCUAGCUGUCUCAUAGAGUGUGAUGAACCCCUUGGCUCAAACACUAACACACAGCACACUGCCUCCUGGGGUGCAAUGUGUGUUUUAUGUGUGUGUGUGAGAAUGAUACAGUGACACUGGACCACAGGGUGGGAAGACACAGCAGUCCCUGUGGAUGUUUAAGGCCGGGGGGGGGGGGGGUUGGGGGGUAGGAACUCGAGCAGACUAACUGGGGAACGUUGACCGUGGGAAAGGCAUGUUGAGCCCAGAGGAGUUUAGCAGUGUGGGUUGUAGUAGAUGGAAACUAAAGGCUGAGGUGAUGAUAUGUAUAUAGACAAGUCUCUGUUCAGGGCUAUUCUCUUAGAACAUGGUUGUGUGUCCUGUUAUGUAAAACAUGUAGCCUACUCUAAUCUGAUAGUUCUUACAGUACAGUCUGUGUCCUAUGUUAGACUCAAGUACAGAUGAGAUACUAGCCUAUAUCAAACCAGUUUGACUUGUGUGUCAACCUAUCCCACCCCACACCUCUUAGUCUAUAGUAGGCGUCUAUUCUGUACAUUGCUUGCUUACAGCUUUCUCCUUGUUUAUGUCACUGCUCCUGUUCCACCCAGGCACACAGUCCCAGCCCAGAUGUGGAAAGAGGCGCAGGGGAAGGACAGAGCGUGGUAUGACAGUACCUUUAAAUCCCCCUAUCCAGUCAUGCUGUACCUUCACGGCAACGCAGGGACAAGGUGAUCAUACAUUUUGAUUUAAAAAGUGUUACUCUGGUCCAGUACCCCUGGCGUACACCUUGCCUCUGGUCUGGGACCAUUAACUCACAUGACAACCAUCCGCCUUUUAAUAUUUGUUUGUUGAAGCUCACAACCUUGGAACGUGUACAUAUAAACAUAAUGCACUCUUCAGAAUGGCUGUUUGUGAGGAAUGCUUUACCUUUCACCUGGUUGAUAAACUUGUCCAUUCUGUCUCUUUCAGAGGAGGGGACCAUAGAGUUCAACUCUACAAGGUGAGAGGAUUUCAUUGCAGACACACUUGCACUUGCUACGCUUUUAUCCCACCCAUACUGUAUCUAGCUAUAUUGAGGACUGACCAACAAACAGAAUUCAAUGAAUUGUUUGUGAAUUGACCUGCUUUCAGUCUGAUCUGGAGUUGAGAUUUGAUGCGUUUUGGUUUCCCCUCCCCAGGUCCUUAGUGCAUUAGGCUACCAUGUAGUCACAUUUGAUUAUAGAGGUAAGUGGGGUUCUACUUCGGUCUGUUUCUGAGUUUAUUAACCAUCACAAUACCCCUUUUCUUAAAAAGAUAAUCUGACCUUAGAUCAACAUUCAGGGGCUUCUUUAUCGUUCAUACUUCUCUGGUUGUUCCAGGUUGGGGUGAUUCAGAUGGGAGCCCCUCUGAGAGAGGCAUGACGUCAGAUGCCCUGUUCCUCUACCAGUGGGUGAAGGAGAGGGUGGGGAGCAAACCCCUCAACGUCUGGGGCCACUCACUGGGAACAGGGUAG